CUGCUGGAAUUUUCCAUGUUACAGCUGCAUAUGGGCAAGAUUCUAUUGGACGUCUAAUUAUUACGUCAUAAUCACGCGACCGUAAAGCGCCAGCAUUUCCAUUCAAAUAAAGCACGACUUGGAAGAUUUCAAAGCUACAGUGAUGGCGACGGAGGUUUUAGAAAAGCCAACUGAGGAUGUUCCACCUGGAAAAGUCGGCACCAGAUUUGACCUGGAAAAGGAGACUGAGCUCAGAUUCGAGGUGGAAGCCGGUGAUGGAGCUGAACAGGUUGAGCUAGAGCUACUGUCUGGCAUGGCAGAGGUGUUUGGAUCAGAACUGAAUCGAAACAAAAAAUACACAUUUGGUCCUGGUGCUAAGAUCGCUGUGUUUACUUGGCAAGGCUGUAGUGUAAAUCUGUAUGGGAAACCAGAGGUGGCUUAUGUCUCUAAGGACACCCCAAUGUUGCUUUACCUAAACACCCACGCUGCACUAGAACAGAUGAGAAAACAAGCAGAAAAGGACAAUGAGAGGGGGCCAAGGGUAAUGGUUGUGGGCCCUACAGAUGUGGGCAAGUCAACAGUCUGUCGUUUGCUACUCAGCUAUGCUGUAAGAGUGGGAAGAAGGCCAACGUUUGUAGAGCUGGAUGUUGGUCAAAGUGGGGUGUCUGUCCCUGGAACAGUUUCUGCACUAUGCAUUGAAAGACCGGCUGAUGUUGAAGAGGGUUUUUCAGUUCAGGCGCCACUGGUAUACCACUUUGGCUCAACUACCCCAGGAACAAACAUCAAACUUUACAACAAGCUAACAUCUUGCCUAGCUGAGGUAUUUUCACAACGCUGCGAGGUGAACAGAAAGGCGAGUGUGGGAGGAUGCAUAAUAAACACCUGUGGAUGGGUUAAAGGCUCUGGCUACCAGGCUCUAGUCCACUGUGCAUCUGCCUUUGAAGUUGACGUGGUGUUGGUACUUGACCACGAGAGACUCUACAAUGAGCUGAAGAGAGACCUUCCCCACUUUGUCAGAGUUGUGCUCCUUCCCAAGUCUGGGGGAGUUGUGGAGCGAUCCAAGGAGUGCCGACGCGAUGCUCGUGAUGAGAAGAUCCGUGAAUACUUUUAUGGCUUCCGUGGUGUUACCUUCUAUCCAUUCUCUUAUGAAGUGCGCUUCUCUGAUGUCCGUAUCUACAAAAUUGGAGCACCAUCAAUCCCGGACUCAUGCUUGCCCUUAGGAAUGUCUCAAGAUGAUACACAGUUAAAGUUGGUACCAGUAACUCCAGGUAGAGAUCUUACAUAUCACGUGUUAAGUGUAAGUAGUGCAGACGAUGGAGAGGACGGGGUAAGGAAGGGUAUAGUUGAGACCCCUGUGUGCGGUUUUAUUGUUGUGACAAAUGUGGACACCCAAGCUCAGGUGAUGAAAGUGCUCUCCCCAGCUCCUCGACCUCUACCAAGACACACACUGCUGAUAAUGGACAUUAGAUUCAUGGACAUGAAGUAGUAACUGUUAUCUGGGUGAAAAUAUUUAAUAUUUUGCUAUGCUAUCCUAUGGUUUUUUGUUUUUUUUUAGCGAUUAUAACUUUAUUAUAAAUGCUGUAAUUAGCUGGCAUGUGUUUGCGUUUUGAAUUUGGCACAAUUUAAACGUUUUUCCUAAUGAAUAAAAAAAAAAAAUUAAAUGCCAGAAAAUAGUGCAUUUACAGAAAUGUUAUUAAUGUACAUUGUCCCUUUUAAAUAAAUAAACCUGAUACACUGCAAAUAA